GGGGAAGCAGCGCCCGACGGAGGGUGUGCGCCCGAGACUCCGGGUCCCAAGGGACGGCGCCGGGCCCGCCGAGGCAGGGGACACUACGGGAAGAGCGGCCCCACGGGGGGCGAUGCCGGUGCGCUGGCCCUGACCCACUCCAGGUCCGGGGCGACUCGGGGGCAGAGUUGCGGACGCGGAGCUGCCGCUGCGAUUCCAGCCGAGCCACCUGAGCCCGAGCCGCGGGACACCGGCGCUCCUGCGGUCCAAGGGCUGCGCGCCGCGAUGGGCCCCGGGAGCCGGUCCGCCGCCCCGCUGGGCGCGCUGCCGCCGCUGAGUCUCCUGCUGCUGCCGCUUCUGCUGCUUCUGCUGCCGCAGCCUCCGACCUGGGCGCUCAGCCCCCGGAUCAGCCUGCCGUUGGGCUCUGAAGAGCGACCAUUUCUCAAAUUUGAAGCUGAAAACAUCUCCAACUACACAGCCCUUCUGCUGAGCAGGGAUGGCAGGACCCUGUACGUGGGUGCUCGAGAGGCCCUCUUUGCGCUCAGUAGCAACCUCAGCUUCCUGCCGGGCGGGGAGUACCAGGAGCUGCUCUGGAGUGCAGACGCAGAGAGGAAACAACAGUGCAGCUUCAAGGGCAAGGACCCACAGCGUGACUGUCAUAACUACAUCAAGAUCCUCCUGCCACUCAGCAACAGUCGCCUGAUCACCUGUGGCACAGGAGCCUUCAGCCCCGUGUGCACCUACAUCAACGUGGAGAACUUCACCCUGGCAAGGGACAGGAAGGGGAAUGUCCUCCUGGAAGAUGGCAAGGGCCGUUGUCCCUUUGACCCCAAUUUCAAGUCCACGGCCCUGGUGGUUGAUGGUGAGCUCUACACUGGCACAGUCAGCAGCUUCCAAGGGAAUGACCCGGCCAUCUCCCGGAGCCAAAGCCUUCGCCCCACCAAGACCGAGAGCUCCCUCAACUGGCUGCAAGACCCAGCUUUUGUGGCCUCAGCCUACAUUCCCGAGAGCCUGGGCAGCUUGCAAGGCGAUGAUGACAAGAUCUACUUUUUCUUCCGGGAGACUGGCCAGGAAUUUGAGUUCUUCGAGAACACCAUCGUGUCCCGCAUUGCCCGUAUCUGCAAGGGCGAUGAGGGUGGCGAGCGGGUGCUGCAGCAGCGCUGGACCUCCUUCCUUAAGGCACAGCUGCUGUGCUCACGGCCCGACGAUGGCUUCCCGUUCAACGUGCUGCAGGACGUCUUCACACUGAGCCCCAGCCCCCAGGACUGGCGUGACACCCUUUUCUACGGGGUCUUCACUUCCCAGUGGCACAGGGGAGCUACAGAAGGCUCUGCUGUCUGUGUCUUCACCAUGAAGGACGUGCAGAGGGUCUUCAGUGGCCUCUACAAGGAGGUGAACCGUGAGACGCAGCAGUGGUACACCGUGACCCACCCGGUGCCCACACCCCGGCCUGGAGCGUGCAUCACCAACAGUGCCCGGGAAAGGAAGAUUAACUCGUCCCUGCAGCUCCCAGACCGCGUGCUGAACUUCCUCAAGGACCACUUCCUGAUGGACGGGCAGGUCCGAAGCCGCCUGUUGCUGCUGCAGCCCCAGGCUCGCUACCAGCGUAUGGCCGUCCACCGCGUCCCUGGCCUGCACCACACCUACGAUGUUCUCUUCCUGGGCACUGGUGACGGCCGGCUACACAAGGCGGUGAACGUGGGCCCCAGGGUGCACAUCAUUGAGGAGCUGCAGAUCUUCCCCUCGGGACAGCCCGUGCAGAACCUGCUCCUGGACACCCACAGGGGGCUGCUGUAUGCGGCCUCACACUCGGGCGUAGUCCAGGUGCCUGUGGCCAACUGCAGCCUGUACCGGAGCUGUGGGGACUGCCUCCUCGCCCGCGACCCCUACUGCGCUUGGAGCGGCUCCGGCUGUAAGCCUGUCAGCCUCUACCAGCCUGAGCUGGCCGCCAGGCCAUGGAUCCAGGACAUCGAGGGAGCCAACACCAAGGACCUUUGCAGCAUCUCUCCAGUCAUGGGUCGGUCUUUUGUACCAACAGCUGAGAAGCCAUGUGAGCAAGUCCAGUUCCAGCCCAACACGGUGAACACUUUGCCCUGCCCGCUCCUCUCCAACCUGGCGACCCGACUCUGGCUGUUCAAUGGGGCCCCUGUCAAUGCCUCAGCCUCCUGCCACGUGCUGCCCACUGGGGACCUGCUGCUGGUGGGCAGCCAACAGCUCGGGGAGUUCCAGUGCUGGUCGCUAGAGGAAGGCUUCCAGCAGCUGGUAGCCAGCUACUGCCCAGAGGUGGCGGAGGACAGGGCGGCAGACCAAACAGAUGGGGAUGCCAGUGUGCCUGUCAUCAUCAACACGUCACGUGUGAGUGCACCAGCUGGUGGCCAGGCCAGCCUGGGUGCAAACAAGUCCUACUGGAAGGAAUUCCUGGUGAUGUGCACGCUCUUUGUGCUAGCCGUGCUGUUCGCACUUUUAUUCCUUCUCUACCGGCACCGGGACAGCAUGAAAGUCUUCCUGAAGCAAGGGGAAUGUGCCAGCGUGCACCCCAAGACCUGCCCUGUGGUCCUGCCUCCCGAGACCCGCCCACUCAAUGGCCUAGGCCCCCCAAGCGCCCCACUUGAUCACCGAGGCUACCAGGCCCUGUCAGAUAGCCCCCCAGGGGCCCGAGUCUUCUCUGAGUCAGAGAAGAGGCCGCUUAGCAUCCAAGACAGCGUUGUGGAGGUGUCCCCGGUGUGCCCCCGGCCCCGGGUCCGCCUUGGCUCAGAGAUCCGUGACUCUGUGGUGUGAGAGCCGACCGCGAGAGUAGGCUGCCCUGGCUUUAGGGGCUGUGAAUGCUCGAAGAGGGUCAGCUGGACCUCCACUCCACCUCCUCGUGGAGCACAGCAGUGGUGCCCAGCCCUCGGGAGCCUUGGAGCCAGCUGGCCUGCGGCUCUCUGAUCAAGUAGUGAGGCUCCAACCACCCAGACACCCAAACAGCCAUGGCGCCACAGGUCCCGGCCAAAG